AUGCCGGCAGAUCCGGUCGUCUACUCGGCGGAGAACUUCGAGCCCAGGCCUGACCAAGAGCUGGUGUGCACCGUGUCCCGAGGCGUGUUUCGGGACCCAGUAGAAUGGCCCAGCCACCACGUGUUCUGUUCCAUCUGUAUCCCUGGCAUGCCGCCAAUUGGCACGUUGCGUCGCCGAGAGAUGUCCGUGUCGCAGCUCGCGUCCGCGGUGCCCCUCGUGGCCAACAUGAUCGCCUGGCUCACCAUGCGCUGCCCACGCGGAGAUGAGUGCUGCUCUUCAAACUGCCACCUGGAUUCUUCAGAGUCCCGCAACGCGCUGUGCCCGGACCGCGGAGCCCAGAAGCGUCUCUUGGAGCUGAGCUGGCCGCCGAGCGUGCGCUGCCCCAAGCGGACGGUGCGUUGCAGCCGCGGCUUCAGCCUGGGCGCCGACCAACUGCGCGACCACGACUGCGUGCAGGAAUUGCGCUGCUUCAUCACAUAG